AUGGCGCCAAUCCCCAUAACUAUCGUGACGGGGUUCCUGGGCUCGGGCAAAACCACAAUCCUCCUCAACCUAAUCCCGCAACUUCCAAAGGCCUACAAGCUCGCCCUUCUCAAAAACGAAUUCGGCGAUGUAGCCGUGGACUCCCAACUAGCCUCAACACAAUCCAUCAGCGGCGUGCGCGAGAUGCUCAACGGCUGUAUCUGCUGCAACUUGGUUGGCCAACUCCGCGAUGCUCUAGACCAGCUCCGCACCGAAGUGCAACCCGACCGCAUCGUGAUCGAGACCAGCGGCAGCGCGUUCCCCGCAACCCUCGCGAUGGAGGUGAACCGGCUUGCGCGCGAAGAGGGCGGACACUACGUCCUCGAUGGCGUGAUCAGCGUGAUCGAUGUCGAGAACUGGGAGGGGUAUGAGGAUACUUCGUACACGGCAAAGAUCCAGGCGAAGUAUACCGAUUUGAUUGUUUUCAACAAGUGGGAGGAUUUUCCGGAGCGGUUUGAUCUUUGCCUGGAUCGGGUGGGGGACUUGGAGGUCGAUACGCCUUGGGUGAAGUCGAAGAAGGGUCGGGUUGAAAUGGAUCUGAUGCUGGGGAUUGAUGGGGCCUUGUUUAAAGAGUGUGAGGAUGGGGCUGCGGGGGGUGAUGGAAAUGAGCAUCAGCACCAGCAUGACCAUCAGUCUGAGGUGGAGGUUCUUUCUGUUGUUUUGAAGUCGACUGUUGAGGGGAGGACGACGGAUGUGACCGCUCUCGAGCGGUUUCUCUCGUUGGCGCCUCGCGAGGAGGUGUAUCGCAUCAAGGGCAUUGUUCGCUGCUCGAGCCAGAAUCUUCCGGUUGAGACGUCGGAUAAUCUGAAUGCGAGACAGACGCUUGAGACGUCUGGGGUGCAGCAUUAUAUUCUCAACUGGGCGUUUGGACGCUGGACGUGCACUCCUUCUGCUGUGGUUGCAGAAUCUGCAGACCCAGCUGUCAUUGCCCGGAUUACAUUGAUUCUGGCUAGAUACGAGUCGGCUAAGUGGAAGAAGAAGCUUGAAGCUGGUGGGCUUGUCCAGGCGGGCGAGGGGGAGAGUGUGGAGUUGAGUGUGGAGCGCUUGGUCUAG